UCUACACUUCUAGGGGAGCUUUAAAGCUCAGGCCCAUCAGUUAAGCCCGGCGGACCGAUUCGUUCGCCGACGUUUCUUUCUGUAUCGCUACGCAGAGACGCGCGCGCUUUUUCCUUUUCUUUUGUCUCGCCUGCGACUCUGUUGUUCUUUAAUAAAAAUGUCAGAUCAAAGAUGUGCCAUCUGGUUACUUAUACUCUGUCUUCUUUUGCUCGGUUCGCAAGAAGUUUUGGCAAGACGAGGUCGAGCCAGGAGCAGAAGCAAAUCCCGAGUACAAAUAGGUCUGCCGAUCACUGGUAAAUAUCGCGAUCCAGAAAGUGACAAGUACUACAAUAACGACAAUGGAGCAAAAAUUUUGCUAGCAUCGCACUUUGAUCUCGAUUAUGUGCUCGGGCAUAAGAUUGCUUUUUUGUGCGUCGCUAGAGGCAAUCCAAGACCACAUAUAACAUGGUACAAAGAUGGAAGCGAAAUAUACACGCACCUCUACCUGCACGUACACGAAUGGCAAAUGGGCAAAGACAAAGUUAAAUCGAAGCUCGAAAUCGAUCCAGCCACUCAAAUGGAUGCAGGAGUAUACGAAUGCACGGCUGAUAACAUGUAUGCUAUCGAUCGGAGAUCAUUCAAGACUGAUUUCUCCAUCGCUUUCGAUUAAUUUCGAACUUUCGUAUUAUCUAUGAUUCGCUUACUACGGACAGACCCUUAUGCUAUCUCGUAUUUUAGGUUAAUACAAUAAUAAAAUAUCAUUUUAUACGCUAAAAUUAACUUUACUCAUUCGAAAUGUAAGUCUUCCAAGGGAACUUUUUACCCCGCUCGAGUUUUUCUCGACACAAAACAUGAACAAUUAUUAAAUUUUUCAAUUUUUAAUGAACGAAAAAAUGUCUUAUUGUACAUUUAUUAGUAAUCGAAUUGCAACUAAACUUGAUAAAUUAUUAUUUUAAGACAUUUUAAUUAAUCUCAUACUUCAAUUAUAAUUUAGUUUUCAUGUUCCUUGUAGCAAAAAUGGCAUUUUUUGGGACUGCAGCCCUGAAAGUACCACUUUUUACAGGAGUAGCACAACAUUUUUUAUAUAAACGGUUCCUAUUCAUAAAUGCUAAAGAUAGUAACAGAUAAAAAGCUAUUCCAAAGCCAGUGAAAAACACAUCUACUUGCAGAAUGACGCUAUAAAAUCUAUUUUGGUGCCUAUGCUAAGAAAUGAUCUUUAAAUAAUCGGAGAAAAUACAUUGUAAUUGUAAUAAAAAUGAAAUUCCAGCAGUUGAACAUUAAAUAAAAAAAUGUUCAAUUACUAAAAUUUAAUGUUUCAAAACUUGAAACCAAAAUAAUAUUUUGUUGAACGAAGCUAAGGAUAGAAUUUAUCAAACUAUAUUAAAGGUUGAGAUAUUGCUAUGUUUGUACAGCUCAAUGGCUCCAAUCUUCAGACAAUUAUAAACUAUUACCCGCACGGAUAAACUUUUGCUAGAAUCAAAACUUUUUUUCAUCAUCUAUCAUUCAUCUAGAAAUGACUUGUUAAAAUAUACCAGUUUUAUGAAAUUUUAAAUGUAUUCAUCUUAGAGUAGGAUGAUGUAAAAAUUUAGAUAGAUGAAUUUUCGAAUUGUUUUCUUAAUUAAAAAAAACUUCUCUGUGAUCGUAAGAUUUAAGCCAGCA